UCAUUCCUUGCUAGUUUCACUCUCUCUUUCUCUUUCUCUCUUUUUUUUUUUUUGCAUAGCUGGGUCCCUUAAAACUCUUCGUUUUAUUAAAAACCAUAAACCAAACCCCAAAUUCAAAUUCGAAUUCAUGGCUGAGAAUUUGGAUGAUGGCGAGUUCUGGCUCCCACCUCAGUUUCUUACCGACGACGACACGUCGUUUGUCAACAAUAAGAACAAACUCACUGUCUUGAACUCCAAAAACGACGACGCGUUCGACGUCGUUUCGAGGGCUCUGUUUCCCUACCUGAGUUCACCUGUUGAGUCCGUGGUUGGCUCCAGUGAGACCGAGAGUGACGAGGAAGAACACAUGGCCGAGUUGACUCGCCGAAUGGCUCACUCAACCCUCGAACUCGGUCUCAACCACCAUAACCAUGCCUUCACUGCUGAAAAAAAACCUGAGGGUUCGUUCGUGUCUGGUUCGCCGCAAUCGACGCUGUGCGCGUUUGGGAGUAGCGGGAAAGGUUCGAGUCCAAACGGCAACGUUUUGAACUCUCAGAGGGCAACGUGGGAUCUGCUGCGCGCGGCUGCAGGGGAAGUUGAGAGGAUGCGUCUCAGCAAAGAAAAUUACGGUUUUGUCCCUAACGCCACCGGAAAUCCCUCUCCUGUGUUUUACGCUCAGCAACAGGCGCUAUCUCACCAGCAAUUGCAGAUUGCACAAUUUCAGAUGCUGAGGCAGCAGCAACUGCAACAUCAACAUCAACAGCAACAUGGUUCGGUGUGGCAGAGGCAAAGUAACCAAAUGGUGCCAAAGAGAGGAAGGAACAACAACGUUCGUGGUAAUAACAUGGGUUUGUCUCAACCUGCAUGGCCUAUGCAACAUGCUAAUGGGUUUGGCAUGAGAGCUGUUUUUCUCGGAAACCCUUCUGGUAAAAGGCGAAGCACCGGAACCGGUGUAUUUUUACCCGUUUGUAUUAAUAAUCCUUCUGAAUCAAGGAAAAAAUCAGCGUGUUCAACUGCAUUGGUUCCUGAUAGAGUGGCGCAUGCGUUGAAUUUGAAGCUGGGUGGUGGCACGGUGGGAGGCCACUUGCAAAAUCAGCAGCCUCGUUUUAAUGGGUCUUCAAACAUGGGAAAUGCUGCUGUUCCAAAGAGGAGUAAUAAUGGGUUUUCUCAACAGAAGCGCAACCUAAAGCCUCAGCAGCAGCAGCAGCAGCCACCGGUGUACCAUGAGAUUCGGCUGCCUCAGGAAUGGACUUAUUGAUCUAUGGUUACUAGUUUUAUGUUUUGGGUUGUUCUAAAUGGGAAUAGGGUUGUUGUUUUUGGGAUAGGAAGUAGGGACUUUUGAUGUAUGGGGGAAAUGGAUGACAGUUUUUAGUUUUAUUCAACAGGUUAAUGGUAAUAUAUGGAAGACACAGUAGGAUUUUGUUUUGGUUUGGGAGGAAGAAAAAAUUAGGGGUUCUUUUUUGGUUUAGUGUGGGUAAAGAAAAUAGUGUUUUUUUUUAUUAGUAUGUUAGGUGUAAAAAAUAAUUUGGGAGCCUCUGGAAAAAGCUUAAGGUGCCUGCAGUAGCAGACGGUAGCAAGUGAUAGCGAUAACAGUAACAAUGUGUGUUCCUUUUGGAUGCCUUGGAAAGGCAAAAGCGGUGGAUGGGUAAAUUUUUGCCCCUCCUUUUUUAUUUUUUUUGGUUAAUAAAAAAAAUAGAAAUUUGGGAAGUUGAAAAAGCAAUUACCAAGAAGGCUGGAUCGGAUUUGCAUAGGAUUACAACCUUGCCUAUUAUUGGAUCUCAAUGUAAUCAUAUGAGGAAAUUGCUUACAUCUGAUUACAAUCUGUCCC